AUGGAACACGGAGGACCCCCGCACCAGACGAGACAGCGUUUCGGUGGAUCGUUUCAAAAUCCAGGAAGAGAUUAUCUGGCCAAUGCUGGGCGUCUAAGGCCUUUGAAACGCAUAGAAGACAAAGAUCUCUUGGUGGAGGAUAUCAUCAUGUUUCAGCUGGUUCAUCGAGUUAGUGGAGCACUUCAAAGGUUCAGGGAGGGGAUGAAGACCCUUGGUGUUCUUGAUGCAAUAAGAAUGCACCCAGAUGCUUUCAGACUGCUGUUUUGUCACGAGCCAUCCCCACUCACAGCGGAUGUACUAGAACUGUCAGCAGUGGGCAGGAACAAAAGAAGGGCAGAGGAAUGUGUGGUUGCAUUUUGGAGGGACUACCUGCUGGAUGUUGAGGAGCAAGAGGGACCCUUGCAACUUGGGGGUAUCCUGGCCUUUACGACAGGAGCAAAUGAUAUUCCACCCUGGGCUUCUCCCCACUACCUUCAGUGUUUUUUCUCCAUGAGCUGCCCCUCAGACAAGGCCGCAUUUACCCACCGCAAACACAUGCAUUAA